CCUUGUUGACCACCACUCCGUCCCGUCGCUCUUCGAUCCGCUUCGUUGUCGCGACACCAACCAAGUCACGACCGACGGCCCGGACUCCUCUCACUGUUGUUGACUCUCCGACGCUUUCCUCCCUUCCUUGGACAACACACACAUCAUACGGCACUCUACUACUCUCGACGCCCAUUCCGACUUCCACGGUACCUACCUCUACUCAUCCAAGACCAAAAUGUCAUUCCUCUUUGGGAGAGCAAGGACAAGAACCAACGUCAGCGAUCUGCCCCGACAAGCCCGCGAACAUGUCGUCAAGCUCGAUCAGGGUCCCCAGGGAAAGGUGGAGGAGCUGGCCAAAGUACUAUCACAAAUGAAACAGUUACUACAAGGGACCCAUGAACAAGAAGCGUCCCUCGAACACCAAUACCAAUUGGUCACCGGCAUGAUCGAAGAAGACCUCCUGUAUCUCCUUGCCAUCAACCUCUACCGCCUCCCCUUCGACUCCCGAAAAGACACCCAAGUCAUCUUCUCCUACGUCUUCCGCUUCCGCCCACCCAACGCGCCCGCCCGCGCCGAACCGCUUGCCCUCGCCUACGUGGUGGAAAGACGGCCCCAGGUCCUGAUUGAGCUGUGCAAGGGCUACGACCACAAGGAAAGCGCACAACACGCGGGUACCGUUCUGAAAGAGCUCAUCAAGAGCAGUGAGGCCGCCACGGCCGUGAUUCUGCACGACGACGGCGACGAGCCAGGGUCGAGUGCGCGGGGAGUCGGGGCCAUUGAUAGGAACAGGAAGCAGACGGGCAACGGGAUAUUUUGGUCCUUCUUUGACUGGAUAGAUAGGGGCUCGUUUGAAGUGGCGGCUGAUGCCUUUACUACCUUCCGGGAACUCCUCACAAAACACAAAGACCUAGUCCCCCACUACCUCCAAACUAACUUUGACCUUUUCUUCUCCAAAUACAACUCCAUUCUAAUCCAGUCCACCUCGUACGUCACCAAGCGCCAAUCCAUCAAACUCCUCGGCGAGAUCCUCUUGGACCGAUCCAACUACAACGUCAUGACCGCCUACGUUGACCGCGGCGAGCACCUCAAGAUCUGCAUGAACCUGCUCCGAGACGACCGCAAGAUGGUCCAGUACGAAGGCUUCCAUGUCUUCAAGGUGUUUGUCGCCAACCCCCACAAGAGCGUGCCGGUGCAAAAGAUUUUGUUGAUGAAUCGAGAAAAGUUACUGCACUUUUUGAGUCACUUUCUGGAGGAUAGGACGGAUGACGAGCAGUUUAUUGAUGAGAGGGAGUUUUUGAUUAAGCAAAUCAGGAAUAUGCCGCCUACGCCCGUGGUGCCGCAGCGGUAACUAAUUGGUCUGAUUUGUGGAGGGGGGAGCUUGCGGCUUACGAGUAGAGGGGCGG